CUGGUUCGCUUAUUCUAAACAUUUUAGGAGUGAGAGAAAAGUGAAGGAAGCCAGAUAGAGUUGAGGUUUUUAAAUAUGUUUUUAAUCUCUAAAUCACUCCAAUCGUUUUUUUAUUGACAUAAUCCAAAAGUUAUUUUGAGGCAGGGGUUUUCAUUGUGAUCAGACUCUCAUAAAUUAUUUGUAAAGUUGCUUUGAAGAAACUCUGAUUCGAGCAGGUGGAGCAUCAAUUCCGACACGUCAAAAGGGGACUUGGAUCUUCUUUUGGGAUAUAAUUGUUGCCAGCAUUUGUAUGCUACUGACCUACGUUAUUACAUUGAUAGGUCAGUUAUUUGUUUGAAGGACGUUUCCAAAACAAAAGCCGGCUUUUUGUUCGUCGUUGAGUUUGCGCUUUUUACCGUUCACCUGUCAUUGUAGCCUAAAGACUGAAAAUGUCUGCUGAAAGGUAUUCAACUUUGGAUGAACCGUCGCUUCGGAAUUUGCUGGAUGGGACGAUGGACCUGGAUGAGCGGCGGCUGAUCCGUUCAGCCAUCAGAGAGCUGAGGAGGAGAGAGAUAGAGGACAUGGAGGCAGCCCUGGCCAGCAAACGCUUCCGGCACAAACGCCUCAACCAGAAUGACGACAAAGAGAACCAGCUCACAAAUAGGUCAGAUUUGGGUGACUCCCUAAACAUGCUCUCUGUGAAACUACAAGCCAUCCAGGACAUGGAGGAACUGACUGGACUGCUGCGCGGGGCCACCGAGUAUGAGGAGAGGAAACUGAUCAGAGCUGCCAUCCGCCGCCUCCGAGACGAGGAGCAGCAGGGUACAGGGCAGAAAGGGGGAACCACCGGCCGAUUCCUGGAAUCUGAGGGCCUGGAUCUCCAAAACAGCCUGGGAGCAGGGGACACAGAAAGGGAGAGCUUUGGUGAGCGAGAGAGAAUCAAGUCACAGAUCCGGGAGCUGCGCAGCCACCAGACGCAGCAGGGCAGAGAGCUACAUAGGACAGGCUCCAACUCAGGCAUGGUUCUAGUUCUGGACCCCCUGGUGAGGAAAGAGGUCUCCGGCACUCUGCUGAACCACCCAAAGAUCUGGGACCCUGAGACAUCAUCAGAGGUGGAUGUGGUCCUGUCCCACCGCCAGUGCUCUGACUCGACAUCCUCGGACCACACCCUGGCCCCCAGAUCACGUCUCGACUCAGGAGCCUCAGAGAAGAGCCUGGGUCUGGGCUCAGCCUUCAGAACCAGGGUGGACUCAGGAGCGUCAGAAAAGAGCCUGGGUCCGGGCUCAGCCUUCAGGACCAGGGUGGACUCAGGAGCCUCAGAAAAGAGCCUUGGUCUGGGCUCAGCCUUCAGAACCAGGGUGGACUCAGAAGCGUCAGAAAAGAGCCUCGGUCUGGGCUCAGCCUUCAGGACCAGGGUGGACUCAGGAGCCUCAGAAAAGAGCCUGGGUCUGGGCUCAGCCUUCAGGACCAGGGUGGACUCAGGAUCGUCAGACAGAAGCCAGUGUUCAGUCCACAGAGGCAGACUGGACUCUGGGGCCUCCGAGUCCCGCUUCAGACCGAGACUAGACUCUGGCACGUCAGACUCCAGCACGGGACCACCAGCCCCUCUAGGCUCUGAGACCUCUGACAGCGCAGGGCUGCUGUCACGGAAACGACUGGACUCUGGGACUUCUGACCUGAGCGUGGGUGUGUCUUCUGUUGAGCGGGGCCGUGUGGAAGAGCCAGAGGUAACCAUGAGUAGCUCCUCCUCCAGCACAGAUUCAGAGGCUGAGAGCACCAACCACCAUUCAUCCCAACCCCGCCAAGACUGCUCCACUACCAACUGUGAUCAGCCUGAUGGGGCCGUCCCAUCCAGGAAAGCCUCAGACUCCCACAGUACCCUGCUCAAUGGCAGUUCCAAGGGAAAAGGAGACAUCCAGGAACAGAAGGUCAGAGAUACUUUAUUCACUACUCUCAGCAAAGCAAGCGAUGCAGUGCCUGAAAAGAAGCCGGUUGUCUUGGCCCCGUUUGGCCGGGCUAACUCUGUGCGGGACCGUAUGCGUAAGUUUACAGAGCCCAGCCCAAGCCCCAGUGUCCCGUUCCUGAAGAGGAGCUCUCAGUCUCUAAGGAAUGGGACAGCCCCCAGUGCCCGAGUCCUAGGCAGAGCCACCGAGCUGAGUGAGGGACGAGCAGCAGGGCCAGUCAACCAAACAGCAAUGACCACAGCAGUAUCCAUCAGAUCCCUUACAGACAGGCACGGGAGACCCCAUGUAGGUUCUACAUCGUACUCUUCAUCUUCCUCCUCCUCAGAGAACCUUGUCCAAUGCCAGGGCACAAUUCAGCCAGGGGGCGUGGCCACCAAAAAUCUGCAAACCGCUGCUCAAUCCAUGAGCACUGUAGGCGGGGCGAAGCAGCCGGCUAAAAAGCUGCAGCACUCCUCGGGCAUCUCAAAGGAAGACAAGACCCCAGGGAACCAGGGAGAGGCAGACCCCGACAUGAAGACCUUCCUAACUAUUGAGAUCAAAGAUGGACGCACCAUCACCUCCUCCUCCUCCUGCUCCUCCUCCUCUUCCUCGAGAGGCAACCUGGCCUCCAUGACCCCCAUUGCCCAACGCGUCACCACCAACUCCCUGGGACAGAGAGCAGAGUUGACCAUGGGUCUGAGAGCGACCCCCUUCAAGACCCCCUCCAGCCUCACUUCUGGAUCCUCAUUCAAGAUGGAGACAGAGCCUGUGAUGGCCUCAGAGCCAAUGUUUGCAGUGGAGCCCUCGGUGCAGGUGGCAUGCUGUCAGGCCCCGGCUACUGUACCCAACGGCUCUUCUGCAGCUCGGGCCAAAGUCGAAGAACGCUCCGGAAAACUGACUGCAGAACAGCUGGCCGCCAUCGACGAUGAGGAGCUCCUGGAUAAAAUGCUGGAUGAGUCCAAGGACUUUGAGGAGAGGAAGAUGAUCCGACAAGCCAUGAGAGAUCUGCGUAAGAGGAAGAGAGAAGCCGUACUGGGAUGUACACAGGAGGAAAUAGACCAGAGAGAGAAGGAGAGAGAGGUUCGUCUUGUGGAGCUUCGGCAGCAGAGAGAAGAGCGCGCUCAGAAGGGUCGUACGGGAGGAGGAGGAGCUGAAGAGGUCGUGAUGAGGAAGGUGGAGAAGUCAGCUGAUGGCUCCACCCUCAGCCAAGUCACCAAGACAAACCACUUUGCCCAGUCUGGUGAUGGCAGCAGGACAGCUCACAGCACCAUCAUGGAGGCCAGUUAUGUGAAGAAAACAGACAUGGGGACAGUCCAGUCGAAGUCCUACAGCUACUCAUCUACCUCUUCCAGCUCCAGCUCCGCCAGGAAAGUGGGCAGUGUGUUUGACCGUGAGGAUGACACAGCGUCCCGUGCUGCGGAGCGCCGGCAGGCUGAGAAGCGUAAGGAGCUAAUGAGAGCCCAGAGUCUGCCCAAGACGUCCGCUGCACAGUCCCGCAAAGCCAUGAUCGAGAAGUUGGAGAAGGAGAGCGGAGGUCCAGGGAAUAAAGCGGUUGCCAAGGUGAACAUGGUCCAGCGCUCCGCUAGCUGUGUGGUGCCCAAUGCCAACUCCAUCAAACAGAUGCUGCUGGACUGGUGCCGCGCCAAGACCCGCUCAUACGAGAAUGUGGACAUCCAGAACUUCUCGUCCAGUUGGAGUGAUGGCAUGGCGUUCUGUGCCCUGGUCCAUAACUUCUUCCCAGAGGCCUUUGACUACUCCUCUCUCACUGCUGCCAACCGCAGACACAACUUUGAGGUGGCCUUCAGCACUGCAGAGAAGCUGGCUGACUGUCCCGAGCUGUUGGACGUAGAGGACAUGGUGCGGAUGCGUGAGCCAGAUUGGAAGUGUGUGUACACGUACCUGCAGGAGUUCUACAGGGGCCUGGUGACCAAGGGCCUGGUUAAAACCAAAAACUCCUCCUAAGAGUCACACCCCUAGGACCCCAAAUGCACUCAUGGGAAUGUGCCAACUGCAUGCCCCUUCUGGAGGUGGAGGACAUGAUGAUCAUGGGGAGGAAGCCUGACUCCAAGUGUGUGUUCACCUACGUGCAGUCACUGGUCAACCACCUGCGCAGGCACGAGAUGAAUCUCGCCAAGGCCUUUGCCAAACUCCAGGGCACCGACUUCUGAUCUGCCCCUGAGCUCACAGUGUGUCCUCUCCCAUCGCACCACUAUACUGUACCCCUCCUGUCCUCCUGAGCCCUGUCCCUCAACACCACCCCUGUCCCAACAGGCUGACAGCAGCCCAGACUCUGAGUGAGGUGUGUUACUGAUUUGCACAUCUCUGAUGGCCAAUGACGGAAGAGUGUUUGUGUAGGAGUGUCUAUCUCUCAUGAUUAUCUUUGUUGACAGUGGUGGCAUGUCAGACAGAAAUUCCCCUCCUCUGGACACACAUUUGUUCAGGCUGUGCGAACCUUCCCAAAGGAAAACUCCAACGUUUUCAUUAUAGAGAAUCUUUUUAAGCUUUAAUUGAUACGUUAUACAGAAAUGUAGUUGUAGUCUAUCAGUAGGCAAUUAUAUUCAUGCUUUGGAAGUCCUAGGGUUAUGGAACCAACAAAACCCUGCAUGAAAUGAACAUGAGAAAAAUAUGCAUUUUGUUGUACUCACUCACUCACCUUAAUGCCUACAUGUUUUUUCUGUGACAAUUGUAAGAUGUUACUCAAGCUGUUGGUGAUGAUGAAGAAAAAUAAUAUGCAUCUGUUUUAUAUUCCUUCAGUCCCCACUCUGGUUCUGUUUAAGGUGUUAACAAAUCUACUUGCUUUUUAAAACACAUCUACUUGAAUUGUUUUAAAUAGCCUUUAUUAUUUCUAUUUUGUUGUUAAUAAUUAUCAUUAUUACUAUUUAAGUUUAUUCAUAAGCACUGGUAUGGAGGGAUGUUAUUCAGUCAUUGUGAUAUAUAGUAGUUAGCAUUAUGACAUUGGUGGAUCUGUUUGUACAGCCCUAUGCUGAGUAAAAACCAUAUCUGAAUCUACAAACCCAGAUGACGUUAAAGCCAGACUAGGUUAUAAUAGCCAUUUUCUAAUACUGAAAUGUUAAAGCCAGACUAGGUUGUAAUAGCCAUUUUCUAAUACUGAGAUGUUAUGAAAGUAGUUGUGUAACUAUAAUUAAUUGUGUAUUUACACCACUCAUAUUUACAUCAUUUUGGUCAAAGUGGAGAAACACCAGUGUUGAAAAGUAGGUUCCAAGUGCUUCUCAAACAGGUAAAAUCACACAUUGGUGUUGUUUCUAGAUUAUCAUGUCUUUAUUUCAGCUCUUCUACCUGUCCUUGCCUCAGUUUGUUUCAUUGGGGCAUCAAAAUAAUCAGCAUAGGGUUGUCACAUUCAUGUUUGAGAUGCCAGCAAGAAUAAGGCUGUGACCUCAAAGAUUUCCCUUCAAAAUAAAAGUCCAGCAAUGAAGAUGGUAGAAAAAUAAUACAAAUGGUCGAAACACAUAACAUUAUAUUAGGACAUUUUCUUUCCUAAUAACAUUUUGUUUAACAAUAUAAAAAAAAGAAAUAGUUUCCCAACGCCCAUACGAUCAGACUGAGCAUUCAAAUACACCAAAAUAGGUGCAGGAAAAUAAAUGAUAAAAUAUUUUUCUUUAAAUAAACACACAGAGUGAUUUAUUAGAAAGAGUGAUGAUUUCAAAAUACAAUUAAAAAGACUGCAUGGGGGCCUUAAGGGCCACAAAAUUAGCAGCGAUGACUGGGGUGUAAACUCUGUGGAUUUGGAAACUAAAAGUGCUGUUGAGUAGAAUGGACACCCCUUUUACUGCGACACAAUGUACAGAACAUUUUGUACAGUCCCAAAAAAUGAUAGAACAGAAAAAACAAACAUUGUUGACCAUUUACGCAUGAAAAAAGAGACAUAUAUCAUAGAAAUACUUUAAAUAAUUAUUUGUUUGAUAAUGUUUAAAAUAUAUUGAUAAUUGUGCACAUUUUCCAUAAUUUUCUCCCUAGUUAUUAAUAUACAAAGUAUACAGGACAGGACUCAAAAUCCGUGACCUGGAAGUGCUUAGUUAUUUUUGCCAGAUUCACAAUGGUGUCACAUUCACACUGCCAGCACCAUAUGCUUUGAAGUUUUGUUUCAUGAGUGUUUCAUUUCUAUGAAUCAAACCUAUAGCCAGAACAACGUUUAUGGUAAUGUGAUUAUUUGAUUGAAUAUGAAAUGUUUGUUGGCGAGGCCAACUUCUCUUCUCUACAUCCUUUGGCCCAAUGAAGGCUGGCUUUCAGUUCAGUCGAUUCUAUGACUGAUGAACAGGAGAGUAUUACUGAUAAAGGCAAUGUAUAUUUUCUGAACUUAAGUGAAGAAAAAAUAUAUAUAUAUUCCAUUAUAUAUUAUGAUUUAUAUAUCAAGAAUUGUAAUACUUUUCAGUUAGAUUUAGAACUGGUUUUGAUGUAAUUAACUGCUUUGUUCUCUGUACAUCUGUAAUUGAAACUUGAGAAAGUUACACUUUUUCAAUAUUCCGCUCCUGCCAAUUUGGCAAUCAGAGAGAGCUUUCUCAAACUAGUGAAUCCUGUACUGUACAUACAGUGCAUUCAGAAAGUAUUCAGACCCCUUGACUUUUCACAUAUUUUGUUAUGUUGCAGCCUUAUUCUAAAAUUGAUUAAAUAAAUACAAAUCCUCAGCAAUCUACACACAAUACCCCAUAAUGACAAAGCAAUAACCGGUUGGUAGAAAUUUUUGCAAAUGUAUAAAAAGAAGAAACAUAAGUAUUCAGAUCCUUUGCUAUGAGACUCGAAAUUGAGCUCAGGUGCAUCCUGUUUCCAUUGAUCAUCCUUGAAAUGUCAGGCUCGAGGGAAAGAUGAACAGAGCAAAGUACAAAGAUAUCCUUGAUGAAAACCUGCUCCAGAGCGCUCAGGACCUCAGACUAGGGCGAAGGUUCACCUUCCAACAGGACAACAACCCUAAGCACACAGCCAAGACAACGCAGGAGUGGCUUCGGGACAAGUCUCUGAAUGUCCUUGAGUGGCCCAGCCAGAGCCCAUACUUGAACCCAGUCAAACAUCUCUGGAGAAACCUGAAAAUAGCUGUGCAGCUAUUCUCUCCAUCCAACCUGACAGAGCUUGAGCAAAUCUGCAGAGAAGAUUGGGAGAAACUCCCCAAAUACAGGUGUUCUAUGCUUGUAGCGUCAUACCCAAGAAGACUCAAGGCUGUAAUCGCUGCCAAAGGUGCUUCAACAAAGUACUGAGUCAAGUGUCUGAAUACAUUUGCAAAAAUGUCUAAAAACCUGUUUUUCCUUUGACAUUGUGAGGUAUUGUGUGUAGAUCUCAUACAUUUUAGAAUAAGGGUGUAACGUAACAAAAUGUGAAUGCACUGUACAUGCUUGGACACAUUAUAAUUCCUUGUUUUUGUAGAAGAGUACCGCCCCCCCCCCCCCCACCCCACCCCCCCCUCAGAGCCUGGUUCCUCUCUAGGUUUCUUCCGAGGUUCCUGCCUUUCAAGGGAGUUUUUCCUAGCCACUGUGCUUCUACAUCUGCAUUGCUUGCUGUUUGGGGUUUUAGGCUGGGAUUCUGUAUAAGAUCUUUGUGACAUCUUUUUACAUCUGCUGAUGUAAAAGGGCUUUAUAAAUACAUUUGUACUCCACAAUUAAAUGUAAAUUAACAAUUAAAACCAAUUUAAGUUCUAAAUA